CCUAUUCCUACUUGCAACGGAUAUCUUUGCCCCGUAACAAACCCAUCUCUAUCCAUCGAAGGGAACCGAAAGAAUCAAAAACCUUUCUUCACGAUGCCCGGAUCGCUAUCUCGUUGUUGCUACAUCCUCCUCCUCGCCUGCGCGACGGAGCACGCCAUGGGAUGGGUGUCUCCGCACCGGCAGGGUAUCUUCGGCCCCGGUCGGGUGUCCCCGGCCGGGAGCACCACCGGUUUGAACAUGGGAUUGCGGUCCGGCGUUCGGCGCGUCCGGGACUCUAUUCUCAGCAAGGAACGAACGCGUAAGGACCUGAAAAUCGGCAUCGCGGGAUUCUACGACCGGAGCUCGAAGCUCUGGGAAGACGUGUGGGGAGAGGUGCGAACACGAACGCGUGCAACGCGAUUGUUGGUUUGGUGUGCUCAUUCUCGAAAGCUGGGUGCCUGCUGGAUUGCUUUCGUUUCUCCUUGCCGCUCACCUUUGCUCCGUCCAUCGUUCUCUCUUCCUUCUUUCUCGUGUUCCAACAGCACAUGCACCACGGGUAUUACAUUCCAGAAGACCGCACCGAUCACGUCCAGGCCCAGAUCGAUCUGAUCGACGAGGUGUUGAAGUGGGCGGACGUAACGGAGGCUACCUCUGUCGUAGACGUCGGGUGCGGCAUCGGGGGAAGCAGUCGCCACAUUGCCCGAAAAUUCGAUUGCAAAGCCCAGGGCAUCACGCUGAGCCCGUACCAGGCAGCCCGCGGAAACGAGCUCGCGAUCGAACAGGGCCUUGCCGACAAGGCGUCCUUCCAGGUGGCGGAUGCCCUCGAUCAGCCGUUCGAAGACAACACUUUCGACCUGGCCUGGAGCUUGGAGAGCGGAGAACACAUGCCGGACAAGAAGAAGUUCGUCGACGAACUCUUUCGGGUAGUAGUUCCGGGCGGUCGCAUCCUGAUUGUCACCUGGUGCCACCGCGACCUGGAAGAAGGUGAAACCAGCCUUACGAAAAAGGAGGAGCGCAUCCUGGCUCGGAUCAAUCGAGCGUACUACCUCCCGAAGUGGUGCUCGGUUCAGGACUACGUAGAUCUUUGUAAGUUGUUUCGCAUUGGCACCGACACGGUCCGAAUCCUUUCUGGGCGUCUAGUGAAUGCUCUUUUACCACACUCUCACCCAUGCUGUUGCUGUUUGACAUGUGUUUAGUGGAAGCCAAGGGCGCAACCGAUGUUAAGCGCGAAGACUGGUCGUACAUCAUCGCUCCGUUUUGGAAGGCCGUCAUCAAGAGCAGCCUGAAUCUCAAGAGCAUUGUUGGACUCGCGAAAUCCGGAUUUUCGACGAUCCGAGGUGCCUAUGCCAUGUUCUUGAUGUUGCGGGGCUUUAAUCUCGGUGUCAUCAAGUUCGGUCUCAUCACCUGCACGAAACCUAAGAAUUAGUGUUGGCCGCGCGAGGAAGAAGCUGUAAGGACUA